AUGAAUGUGAGGUGUAAAGUAGAAGGGUGUCCUUGGAAGAUAUGUGCAAAUGCUGUUGGAAAGAACAGUCAUCUAUUACGUGUGACUACAUUUUGCAAUAAGCACAUUCAUUCAGCCCAAGACAAUUUGAUUGUGACCUAUGGUGGGAGUGUUGCGUUGACAUCAUCAGUAAUAGUUGAAGAGAUAAGGGACCAUGCUGAAAAACGGCCCACUAAGAUAAGGAAGAUGUUGGAGAGGGAGUAUGGUGUGAGGCUUACAUAUUGUCAGGCAUAUAGAGCAAAGGAAAAGGCAAUGGAAGAAAUACAUGGGAAACCGGAACAGUCCUAUAUGUUAAUACCAUGGUUAUGUGAAAGGUUGAAGGAAACUGAUGACAAAACGGUUGCUGAAUGGGCCUCCAUUGGUAAUAAAUUUGAGCGUGUGUUCAUUGCAUACAGUGCAUGUGUUGAGGGUUUUUUGAACGGUGCAAGGCCUAUAUUAUAUGUUGAUGGUACUCAUUUAAGUGGUCCAUAUAAGGGGACGUUACUGUCAGUUUCGGCAUAUGAUGCGGAUAAUGAGAUGUUGCCGUUUGCAAUAGCAGUGGUGAAGGGAGAGAAUCUUGAUAACUGGACGUGGUUUUUUCACAAGAUUAAACAAAUAGUUGGUUCAAUGCAACUGACUAUUGUGUCAGAUAGACAUAAUUCUAUAAUUGGUGCUGUGCAAGCAAUAUUUGGGUGUGAAAGGCAGGCAUACUGUUAUAGGCAUGUGAAGGAGAACUUUAGCUCUGAAUAUAUGAAAUUAAACAGAGGUCGGAGAAGGACAAGUGAAAAUUCAAAGGAAGAUGCAUUGAAGGUACUGGAUAAAGUGGCUUAUGCAAGACUUGCGGAUGAGUUUGAUCAUGCGCUGGAUGAUCUCAGAACCAUAUCUCAUGAGUUAUAUGAGUGGGUUAUCAAUCAAGGUGAUGUGGAUAGGUAG